GCAUGCGUAGAAACUCUAUGAUGGUGACGGAACUUCGUAGUUACAAAAAGUAUCUCAUGUGCUUGCCGGCGAAGAUGUGAUAGAAUUCCGUGACUAAAUGAUCAUAUGAGCGAAUGUUGCGAUUAAAGAAGUGAUUUACGAUGAACCUAACUACAGGGAAUCCUCACGGUAACGGCUUGCUUUAUGCUGGUUUCAAUCAGGAUCAAGGAUGUUUCGUUUGUGGUAUGGAAAAUGGUUUCAGAGUAUAUAAUUGUGAUCCUUUAAAGGAAAAGGUACGUCAUUUCAGUGAUGGAGGUCUUGGUUAUGUGGAAAUGCUGUUUAGGUGUAAUUAUUUAGCAUUAGUUGGUAGUGGAGCAAAACCUAUGUAUCCAACAAAUAAAGUUAUGAUAUGGGAUGACCUUAAAAAAAGAUCAGCAAUUACUUUAGAGUUCAAUGCUCCUGUAAAGGGUGUUAAAUUAAGAAGAGAUAGGAUAGUAGUAAUUUUAGAAGGAGUUAUAAAAGUUUAUACAUUUACCAGAAAUCCACAACAACUUCAUGUGUUUGAGACUAAUCCAAAUCCCAGAGGUCUGUGUGUUUUAUGUCCAAAUAGUAGUAAUUCCUUGCUUGCUUUUCCUGGUAGAAAGAAUGGACAUGUCCAAGUAAUUGAUUUGGCUAAUACAGAAAAACAACCAUUAAAUAUCGAAGCGCAUGAAACACCUUUAUCAUGUAUUGCUUUAAACUUACAAGGUACUAGACUAGCUACAGCUUCAGAAAAGGGCACUUUGAUAAGGGUAUUUGAAACACAAACUGGAAGUAUGAUUAAUGAAUUGAGAAGGGGAGCUAAUCAUGCAAACAUUUAUUGUAUUAAUUUCAAUCAUGAUUCCACUUGGUUGUGUGUGGCAAGUGAUCAUGGAACUGUACAUGUUUUUGCUGUAGAAGAUCAAAAAUUAAAUCGUCAAUCUAGUUUAGCAUCUGCCACUUUCCUGCCAAAAUAUUUUAGUUCAAGCUGGAGCUUUUGUAAAUUUCAAGUUCCGGGUGGUCCACAAUGUAUGUGUGCAUUCGGAACUGAUAAUAAUAGUAUUAUAGUAAUAUGUGCAGAUGGUAGUUAUUAUAAAUUCGUGUUUAACAAUAAAGGCGAAUGUACGAAAGAAUUUUAUGCACAGUUCCUCGAAUUAACGGACGAUAAAAUGUGAUUGGAAAAUAAAGAAGAGUGUUCUUUGGGUGAGUUCACAUGAAAUAAAUUAUAUGGAAAGUGAGUACUGUGUUUGUUAUUUGAAGUCAUAUAUGUAGAGGACCAAAUGGAAAGUACUAUUAUUUGUUGGUGUUAUGUGCACUGUGCGAAACUAUUGAUCAUAACAAAAAAAAAAAAAACUUUAAGAAACGCUAGAGGGCCUAUUAUUGAGAUGUCUACUUAUGGAACUAUAAGUUCUUAAAUGUUACAAACAAAAAAAAACUCGAUUUUAGAGUUUUGUUUAACGUGUCAAUGUAAAAAGUAAUUUUCGUACAUUUAAAUUAAAUAAUUUUUAGCUAAAGCUGAUGCAAAUAUACGAAUAAUAUCAUUUUGAAAGUAAUCCAACAAUUUUUAAUGGCGCAUUAUGCUCGGCAAUUAAAUCAUGGUAUUUUUUUAUAUUUAUUUUAUAAAAUUAUAAAUUUGUUAUUUUUUUUUAUUGUUACAAAAAUGCUCGAAUAUAUUUCAUAUUGCGUAUUUCGUGUCAUAAAUGUUACAAAUUAAUAUAAUAUCAUGAAAUUUGGCUAAUUAUUGAAAUUAAAAUUUUUUUUAUUCGAUAAUUAGCCAAAUAAAAAAAUGGGACGUAUAUAACGUAAUCGAAUUUUUAUAAUCUUUAUUUUUAUGGUUUCAUACAUUUAAUAUACAUAUACACAAGAAAUAACUACAUUCAGUUAUUAUUAUUGAAAUAUUAUCCCCAAAAUGUCACAAGAUUGUAAUGUCAUAAAGAAAUUGGGAUCUAAUACAAAAUAAAAGCAUUAUGAGACGAAACAUUGUAUUUGUUUAUAAAAUAUAAAUAAUAUGAUCAGUUGCAAGCGAUCUAUUUCAUUUUCUAUCCUUUUCGAAUAUUGUGCGGAACUUGAUAAAAAAA